AUGGCUACGAAACAGGCACAUAAGAGGUUGACGAAGGAGUACAAGUUAAUGGUAGAGAACCCUCCACCUUACAUACUAGCACGUCCGAAUGAGAACAACAUUUUGGAGUGGCACUAUAUUAUUACCGGACCUGCCGAUACGCCUUAUUUUGAAGGCCAGUACCAUGGGACAUUGACCUUCCCAUCAGAUUAUCCUUACAAACCUCCUGCUAUCCGUAUGGUGACACCCAACGGCCGAUUUAGAGAGAACACUCGACUAUGUCUAUCAAUGAGUGAUUAUCAUCCUAAUACAUGGAACCCUAGUUGGUCGGUUUCGACCAUACUCAAUGGGUUAUUGAGCUUUAUGACUGGAGAUGAAGCUACUACUGGUUCUAUCGCGACGACUGAUCAGCAAAAGAAGAUACUGGCUGCAAGAUCGAUGGAUUACAAUACACAUCAGAACCUAAGGUUUAAGAUGGUUUUCCCUGAGGUAGUGGAGUCGAAUAUGAAAGAGUUGGAGGCAAGAAGAGCAAGUGGCAAGAUCACUGAGAAGGAUUUGUCGAAGGACAAAGAGGAUGCAAUAGUGCAGGCCGCUAAAGAGAAGGCUAUCACCAUCGAAGAGAUCUUGGACCCAGAAGACAGAAUACGUGCUGAGGAAGCGUUGAAAUCAAUUAACGGGAAACAAAGUGAAGAUAAUCGGAAAUCUUCCUCCUUGCUUUACAUUGGUCUCGCGGUGCUCUUAUUCUGCGUCGGACUAUCUAUGAAAUGA